CCUCCUCUUUCUCCAGUCGCGUGUUUUUAUUCACGCCCAAACCCCAAAUCGCACGCGUCAUCCCAAUCCCAACCCAAUUACGACACGCCUGCCGCGCCGCCCGAAAUCCGGAGGGGAAGCUCCGGCCAGUGGCAGCUCGGACGAUGGCCUCCUCCAACUCCAACUCCAACUACAACGCCGCCGCCCCGUCUGCCGCCGACGGGGGCGACGACCUCGACCAGCUCCUCGACAGCGCGCUCGACGACUUCACCAGCCUCGAUCUCUCCGCCUCUGCUGCCCCCAAAAGCGCCGGCGAGGCGUCGGGGUCAGGAUCGGGAGGCAAGGGGCCGGUGAAGGGCCUGGGCCUGGGGCUGGGGCUUCCGGACCCCAAGGCGCCGAAGCGGCGCGCGGGGGCGGGGAAGCAGCCGCCGCCGAGGGGCGCGUGCGCGAAAGAGGCGCUCGAGGAGCUGACGCGCGAGACGCGGGAGGCUGUGCGCGGGCUCGAGACGGCCACUGGUGGUGUCCCAUCACUGGAUGAUGACGCCAUGAUCGAGGAGUUCGUCAAGCAGUUCGAGGAGUUCGCAGGGGCACAGGAUAUGGAUUCCAUCGUUGAAACAAUGAUGCAGCAACUUUUGUCCAAGGAGAUUCUUCAUGAGCCCAUGAAGGACAUUGUGGAAAAAUAUCCAAAAUGGCUGGAGGAUAAUAAAGAUAAGAUAAGCAAAGAAGAAUAUGGGCGUUAUAAUAAUCAGCUUGAACUCAUGGUGAAGCUUAUUGAGGUCUAUGAAAAUGAUCCUGAGAACAUGACUAAGAUUUUUGACAUCAUGCAAAACAUGCAAGAAUGUGGUCAGCCCCCCAGUGAUCUUGUCCAAGAUGUUGUACCUGAUCUGGAUCUAAGCAAGUUGGGACAACUGUCUCCUGAGAUGCUUGAAUCAGCACCAAAUUGUUGCAUAAUGUGAAGAUCAAAAGCAUUCCGUUUGGGAUUCAAAUUCCAUGAAGUUCUCUUUGCCUGUACGAAACCCCCCUACUGGCUUUAGUAGAUUCAUCAAGAUAAUUUCCAUCAGGAUAACCUGUAAAGCCUUGCAAAUAUAUAAUGAGUUCAAUGUUCUUUAUGGUUCUUGAAUGGAAGCUAUAUUCUUUCGGUUGAUGUACUGUAACACUCCCGUCGCUCCUAUACAAUGAGUACAUACCUUACCUUUCAAUGCCACUCCGUUUUUGUGACGCAUUUUUCUGUCACGACUAUCA